AUGGACGGUAAACAUCAAACUCUAACGCCGCAAAAGCGAUCACAUGAAGAUGUUACCUAUUCACGGAGAGUUUACCGGCUGAAAAUUCUAUUGCCUGAUGGGACGACCAGAUUGCUGAAGAUACCUCAGACCACGGAUUUCAUUACUGUUAAAGAUUUGGCUGGUAGAGUGAGGGAAGAGCAUGAGAGAAGGGAUUCUAAUCUCAAGAAACGUGUCAACUGGAAUGCUCAACUUUGUUUUGUUGACGAUUCUGAUUAUGUUUUCAGAAAAAGUCUUAAGUUGACCAACUUAGAGUUGAAUAAAGUCUACAAUUUGAGGCUCGAUGACGGGUCGCUGCCAGCAAAAAUUUAUGAGAACAUGUGGGAUUUGACACCAGAUACUGAGUUGCUUAUGGAGCUACCUGAAGAGUACACUUUUGAGACUGCAUUGGCUGAUCUAAUCGAUAAUUCAUUGCAAGCGGUGUGGUCCAAUGGUGAAAAUGAGAAGAGGUUAAUAAGCGUGGAAGUUGCAGAUGAUAAGAUAUCUAUUGUUGAUACAGGCCCAGGCAUGGACUCUAUGUCUAUAGAGAAAUGGGGGAAGAUGGGUGCCUCACUCCAUCGGGCAUCCAAAAUACAAGCUGUAGGGGGGAAGCCUCCAUAUUUAAAGCCUGCUUUUGGUAUGUUUGGAUAUGGAGGCUUUGUUGCAUCUAUGCAUUUAGGACGGCACACAGAGGUUUCCUCCAAGACAAAGAACUGCAAAAAGGUUUAUAUCUUACGGCUUGAGAGAGAUGCUCUAGUCGGUGGUUCUGGUUCAAAGCGAACCUGGAGGACUUAUGGCAGCCUUCGAGAUCCUAUGGAGGAUGAACUUGAGUUAUCUCCUGGUGGAAGUUUCACAAAGGUUGAUAUUUUUGAACCCAAGAUGAGAAGCAUCGAUAUAAGGCGGCUCCAAUGCAAAUUGAAGGAUAUCUACUUUCCCUAUAUCCAGUGUGAUGAGUUGUCCAAUAAAGGAAGAACGACAAUGCCAAUUGAAUUUCAGGUUAAUGGUGAUGAUCUAGCGGAAAUUCCAGGCGGAGAGGUUGCGAUUACAAACCUAAAUUCCUGCAAUAGUCCAGAAUUUGUAUUACAACUUCGUUUUCAUUUAAAUCAUAAGAAUGCUACUAUGACAAGUAAUGAGGCGAAUGCACGGCUUAGGUGUGUGUAUCUUCCGGUUAAGGAGGGUAAGGAGAGCAUUCAGAGUAUUCUUGAAACUUUAAAAGAAGAUGGAUAUGAACACACGGAAGAAUACGAAAGUUUUAGUCAUGUUUCUUGUAGACGGCUAGGUCGUCUACUUCCAGAUGCUCGUUGGGCAUGGCUUCCAUUCAUGGACUUCAGACAAAAUAAGGGGGACAGAUCACAAGUUCUGAAGAGAAGCUGCAUGAGAGUUAAAUGCUUUAUUGAGACAGAUGCUGGUUUCAACCCAACAUCCUCUAAGACAAAUUUUGCACACCAGAACCCUUAUACCAAUGCCUUGAGGAACUUGGGCAGCAGAGAUUCUUUGGAGAAAGAGACGGGUAAUUGUGUACACAUUGAGAUCAGAAGAGAUGGAAAACCAUUGACCCUCUCACAACUGAAUAAACAGUACCAACAGUGGCUCUUAGAUAUGCAUGAUAAAUAUGACAAGGAAGCUGAUUGUGGGACUGAUGAACCUGUCUAUAUAGUAAACCCUAUAAAGACGAAGGAGCUUCACACAUCCAGGAAUGUUGUGAGGGUUCACAAGGCUCUAAGGUGGAAAGGUAAAUCCUGGAAAUCAGGGCAGAGAAUCAAGAUUCUCAAGGGAGCAUGUGCGGGUUUCCAUAAAACUAAUGUCUAUGCUACAAUGGAAUACAUCCUCCUUGAGGGAUUUCAAGGGGAUGCUGGUGGAGAAGCAUGGAUAAUUUGCAGGUCUAUUGAUACAUUGGAAGAAGAUGGCUGUCUCCUUGAAACUAUUAAGGGGAAUCCCAUUUUGGAUUUGCGGAAAUCUGUCUCGAUACAUAUAAAUGCCAUUGAUUCUGGAAAGUGUUUAGCUGUUGAUGAUGCUGAAUGGAAUCAGCAACUUCAGAAGCAACAUCAGAAAUCUCCUUCCUCAAUUGAGAUACUGACUAGAAGACAAUGCCGUGAGUUGGGAAUAGAAGUGUCUUUACCUGAUGAGCGUGAAGUUUGUGCUGGACAUGUAUCACCCUGUGAAAUUGUUGCUGUGGUUCGUCCUGCUACAUUUAAUUCUGGGACUGCCUCCAAACAUUUGGACCAGAAAUAUGUGAUGAAAGAUAAAUUUGAGAUGUCACUAGCAAUUGCAUAUUCUGGAAACGAGAAAUUGCAGGAUGAAAGCAAUAUCUAUUCUGCACUUGUAACACCUUCAUCACGAAGAGAUGUUCAUGGUUUAUAUGUAUUUCAACCAAACUGCAAGUCACAUCCUCUGUUUCAUAAAGCUGGCAUUUAUACGUUUUCGUUAUCUAUUAGAAAUCCAAGUUGUCAGAAAUGUGUGGUGAAGGUCCAAGUUAAAGCAUCACGUGAAGCCCACAGAUGGGCACCUUCCAAGGAAAUUCCUUACCAUUUGUUAACGGUUGGCCGUUACUGUGAGCCCAUCUCUGUUGUGAAGUUUGAUAAAUAUGACAAUCAAAUUCCAUUCCUAGAAGUUUCUGAAGUUGAAGUUAAGGUCAACUGCACUGAGGGUACUAGGGUUCAAGUUCUCAAAUAUAAUCCAUCUACAUCAUCUGAUAAGUCAGCUCUAAUACUCAAGGAUUUGCUUAUUAAGAGCUCAACUUUGGACAAUAUUCGGCCAAGUUAUGAUGCCACUCUGAUGUUAUCUCUGCCUGAUGGUUCACACCUGUUAGAUAUCCUCGUCAAAGUUGUUCCUGGACCUGUAAAACAUGUUACAGUGCGACCAGAAAUCUGUGAGAAGCAAUUGAUUCCAGGCCAUGUAAUUAAAGAGUUGAUUUUGGAGUUGUUUGAUGCACAUAGAAAUCAUCUACAAGAAAAACAGAAGGUGCUGUUAGGUGUGGAUGGAUGUUGUUUUCCAGAUGGAUCAUAUUGUCUUCAGAAGAAGGUGGAUGCUCGCGGGUGCAUUGAUCUUGGUGGCCUCUUAAGAGUUACUGCAGGCUACGGAAGAAAGGUAUUUCUUUCGGUUAGCUCGGAUGGAGGAGUUAUCCACAAGGAGUGGCAGAUCGAGAAAAGGCAGCUGAGAACUACAUCAGUGAUACCUGAAAGUUGUUUUGCUGGAUCCAAACUUGAAAACUUGGAGUUUGAAGUUGUCAAUCCUAAGGGUGAAGUGGAUGUCAACUUUCAUGAUGAAGAUAAGAUUGGACAAUCUCAUACCCUUGUAAUAACCUCACAAUUUAUAGAAAUUGACGAAUCUGUGAAGUACGUGUUUCGUGAUGGGCGCUGCAUAGUUCGUGCAGUUCCUAUUCCUUCAGAGGAAGGGGAUUUUAGUUUUGUAGUUUCUCAUUCUCGUCACGUGGAGCUCCAAUUGACCAUUAAGGUUAAAAUCUUUCCUCAAAACAUUUACGUUUACGUUGAGAUACAUCCAGAGAUGAAGCCUUUUAAUAUCAUACAUGAGCUACCUCCAGAGAUGACACCUCUUAAUAUCAAACAUCUAUCUACGGAUGAAAAUAUGGCACUCGUGGACUCAAAUGCUCCCAUGGAUGCACAAACGGAUUAUAGGAGUGUCCAAUGUCAUACUCCAGAGACAAAACUUUCACCCAUACAAGAUGUAUAUUACGAUUUCCAAAGUGAUUUAAGAUCUUGUCUCAAUUUCGAAAAGGACCUCAUGAACGAGAUUUGUGAUCUUGGUUUGAGGAUUGGCCAACAUGAAGACAAGAUAAAACAGCUCGAAUGUCAGAAAAGUGCCAUAGACUCCGAACUCUUAGAAUUGGAAGUUAUCAGGUACCAAACUUACAGCACAGAGAGAAAUGGUAUCAAAUAUGGUUCGCCAGGGAAAAUGGAAAUCAAAGCACAGGUUGAACUUAAGACGGACAGUGCUGCUUCUGUUGUCAUGGAACUCUUGAGAGAAGAGUCGAGUCAAUCCUUCAAAAGAAUAAUUGGUGUUGUUGCACUUCUUGGAACAACUCCAACUUUGGAGCUUAGCAGGAUAUUUGCAGAAUAUCUUGGUGAUCAAAUGCUUGCAGUGGUAUGCAAAAAUUACAAGGAUGUGCGUUUCCUUGAGACCUACAAAAAGAAUGGGAGGUUGGAUCAUAAUCGUGCUCUUCACAUGUUGGCAGCAGGACUUGGAAAAUCUGUAAUUGGUCGUUAUCACCUUCUAUGCAUUGAAGAUAUAAGUGCAUGCAAGGUAGAUAAAGAUCUCGAGGGAAAACUUAUGUUGCCGAAUCCCAGCCUUCCCGAUGGGGCGACUCCAGCAGGUUUUGUGGGUUAUGCAGUGAACAUGAUAGAUAUAGAUGUUGAUCACUUGGACACAAGGACUGAUUCGGGGUCGUAUCUUCGAGAGACUUUGUUCUAUCGUCUUUUUGGUGAGACCCAAGUUUAUAAAACUAGACAAGACAUGAAAAACGCAAUCUCUUGCAUAAAAGAUGGUGCCGUUUCCUUGGAUGGAGGAAUUUUUAGAGGCAACGGAGCUAUGUCUCUUGGAUUCUGGGAGCCAGACAUCGUUUUUCCCGUAGCAGCAGUUGGUGGUGGAAGAAAUGAAGAGCAUGUGAAGCAGCGUUAUACUGAAAUGAAGUUGAAAUUGGAAGAGACGAUGAAGGAGUUAUUGAAGGAAAAGAAAUGUCAUCAAAGCGCAAUGAAAAAGUUUAAAAAGAGACGGGAUGCGUAUGCCAAGUACUUCACUCAGAAACAACCCACCACCACUUCCACUUCCGAGAAAUAUGGUUCAUAUUCUCCUGCUUACAGUUGGAGAUAG